AUGAGCAGUCGUUCUAGAGUUGCUUCAACUCUGCGCAGAGCUAAAGUUAAUUUUGGAAAUUUUACGAGACCAAUUCCGUAUUUCGCCCAACCCCGAUGGCAAAGUACUGCAAGUACCGAGGAUGCUGAAGGUGUUGCAAAAGGCACAACGGGAUCCUCAAAGACUAUAAAAUUCACAUCGGAAACGUAUCCCAGUAUCAAGCGCGAUUCGAGGUUUGCUGAAAUCACCGAAGAGCAUGUCAACCAUUUCAGAAGCUUGCUCGGCACGGAGUCGGCGAUUAUAGACGGGGUCACUCGAGAUGCCACGGACGACAUCGAGCCUUUCAACGGCGAUUGGAUGCGGAAGUAUCGAGGGCAUACAAAGCUUGUUCUGAAGCCCGCGUCGACAGAGGAAGUCAGUCAGGUGCUGAAAUACUGCAAUGAUAAUAUGCUUGCUGUCGUGCCUCAAGGUGGUAAUUCAGGCCUUGUUGGUGGCUCCGUACCCGUCUUUGACGAAAUCGUAAUCAGUAUGAGCAGGAUGAACCAAAUCCGGUCUUUUGACGAGGUAUCGGGGACUCUUGUUGUUGAUGCGGGUUGCAUCCUAGAGGUAGCUGAUGGAUACCUGGGAGAGCGAGGGCACAUCUUCCCAUUGGAUCUCGGGGCAAAAGGAUCUUGUCAUAUUGGAGGUAAUGUUGCUACCAAUGCCGGAGGUCUACGUCUCUUACGCUAUGGGAGCUUACAUGGUAGCGUCUUGGGAAUCGAGGCUGUAUUGCCUGAUGGUACCGUUGUUGAUGAUCUAUCAAAAUUGAGAAAAAAUAAUACUGGCUAUGAUUUGAAACAAUUGUUUAUUGGAGCAGAGGGAACGAUUGGUAUCAUCACAAAGGUCUCAAUCAUUUGCCCACAACGAUCAAAGGCCAUAAACGUCGCAUUUUUCGGCCUCGAAUCUUAUGAGAAGGUCCAGGAGGCUUUCCGAGAAGCUAAGGGGCAGUUGUCGGAAAUUCUCUCAGCAUUUGAGCUUAUGGAUCGCCAGAGCCAGGAUCUCGUUCAUAGAGUGACCAAGAACAAGCGGCCCUUAGAAAGUGAAUAUCCCUUCUACUGUUUGAUCGAGACCAGCGGAUCCAACACCGAGCACGACAGUGAAAAGUUAGAAAAGUUUCUAGAGUACGUUAUGGAGAAGGAGAUUGUUUUGGACGGAGUUGUAGCUCAAGAUACAACCCAGGUCAAGGCAUUAUGGGGUUGGAGAGAAGGGGUCCCUGAAUGCCUCGGUCAUUGGGGUGGUACCUAUAAGUACGACCUUUCAAUUCCAAUCUCAGAGCUAUAUUCGCUUGUCGAAGAAACAAGGGCGAAGAUCACGGAUGCCGGACUUCUUGGUGAAGAUGAAGAACAUCCGGUCGUUGAUGUCGUUGGUUACGGCCAUAUGGGUGACUCCAAUCUGCAUUUGAACGUCGCUACGCGUCGUUAUGAUAAAGAGGUGGAGAAGAUCCUCGAGCCCUUCGUCUACGAAUGGAUCUCAAAGAGGAGUGGGAGUAUCAGUGCAGAACAUGGCCUUGGCUUAGCCAAAAAGAACUACAUUGGCUACAGCAGGAGUGACACGAUGAUCAGGUUGAUGAAACAAAUCAAAGAUCUAUACGACCCUGUAAGUGGAAUCCAUCUACUCUAA